AUGAAUAUUUCAUCUCCAGCAAUAAAACCAGACGUUACCUUGUCCCUUACUUUAUCGUCUUUCACCAGUACCACUACGACUACUGAUACUUCACCGGAUGCCUUAAAGCCCAAAGAAGGAGGCGUCAAACUAAUCCAACUACUGUUCACUUGCGCUAAUCAUGCUUCCUCCGGCAAUCUCCACCACGCUGAUGCCUGUCUAUCUCAAAUUCUUCAACUUGCAUCGAUCACCGGUGAUUCCAUGCAGCGCCUAGCCGCCUGGUUUGCCUCGUCCUUAGCCAUCCGCCUUGUCAAGCGCUGGCCUGGCCUCUACAACGCCUUAAAUCAUCGAGGACCGGUACCUAGAAGAAUUGUCGAUCUUGAUCGGUCUCGAAUCAUCUUUGCUAAAGCCUUCCCAUAUUUGGGCUUUGCAUAUGCAGUAAUUAACAGGGUCUUGAUCCAAGCCAUGUCUGAGGAUCGUAUAAUCCAUAUUGUCGAUUUGGGUUCUGGAGACACAAAAUUGUGGAUACCUUUCCUAAAAACCGUUGUUAAUUUACCAAAUGGAACUCCCCAUUUGAAGAUCACUUGUGUGAACAAUAACAAGGCAAUGUUAGAAGAAAUGGCAUCAAGGAUUAAGAAAGAAGCUAAAGCCUUAGACAUUUCCUUUCAAUUCAAUUCUUUGAAUGUUAAUCUCAGGGAGCUAACUUUAGAUAUGCUCAAGGUAAAAGCAGGCGAGUCAUUAGCAUUUGUAUCGGUACUAAAUCUCCAUGUCCUAUUGGCUGAAGAUGACCGUAUCAAUUCACACUUCAGCCUAAACAAGAACAACAACAAUAAUAACGUCAAAGAUUGCAAGAGAAUGAGUGAAUUUUUAACAAUGUUGCACUCCUUGUCACCAAAAGUGUUGAUCCUAGUGGAACAAGAAGCUGAUCACAAUUUGAGCAAACUAGUGGAUAGGUUUGUGGAAGGAUUGCAUUAUUAUAGUGCAUUAUUUGAUUCAAUUGAUACCACAUUUAAAGGGUCUAAUUGUUCAUUGUGUGAAGAGAGGGUAGCAGUGGAACAAAUGUUAGGGAAGGAAAUAGAAAAUAUGGUGGCAUGUGAAGGAUUGGAAAGGGAGGAAAGGCAUGAAAGAUUUGGGAAGUGGAUUGUGAGGUUGACACGUGGAGGAUUUAGACCCGUGCGAUUAUGGUACGAUAUUAUGGAAGAUGCCAAGAGAUUGGUGGAAGCUUAUGGUAGAGAUGGUUACAAGAUAAUCAGUCAGAAGGGAAAUUUGAUGAUAUGUUGGCAUGACAGACCAAUAUAUUCUGUUUCAGCAUGGAAUUGUGCCUUUAUUAACUAA